GUGUGUUUUCAAUUUUUGUAACACGGCGCGAUGGAGCGUUUGCUUGAACAACGAUACGCCAUAAAGUUUUGCGUGAAGCUUGGAAAGAAUGCAACCGAAACAUUCCAGAUGCUUCAAGAGGCCUUCAAGGACGAUUGCAUUUCAAGGUCACAAUCCGGGAAGUGGCACAAGGCGUUCAAGGAGGGCCGGGAGGAGAUCGCCGACGAACCCCGUUCUGGGCGCCCAACAACAACCAGAACCAACGAAAACGUGGAUCGUGUGCGCAAAGUUUUGCGUUCCGACCGUCGAUUAAGCAUCCAGCAA